CCAGGAAAUACGGAACAUACACGACCACGCACCAAGGGCUGGAGUCUUGAGCAAUGUCGCUGAAUAGCGUGGCAUCGCACGACCCCUUCUACGCAGUGCGAGAUGAGGUUUCUGCAAAGAUUGAGUACAUCAAGGUUCGACUAGAGCGCUUUCAAGACCUGCUCAACAACACCAAUACUGCACAAAAUCGCGACUUUCAGGAUCUCAGAAAAGGGCUUACCAAGGAGGUCAAGGGGGCAGACGCCCAACUGAGAGAUUUACGGAGGACUGUGGAGUACGUGGAGAACAAUCGAGAUUCCUUCGCUCACAUCGAUAACGCUGAGCUAUCUGAGCGAAAAACGUUCCUCUCCGACUCGAAACAAGUGUUACUCCGCGCCAGUGAUGCGCUCGACGGGCAGCAAACCAAAGAGAAGAUGGCACAAGACGACCGGUCGGAAAUGGCGAAAUACCGGAGCAAAGGAGAUUUGGGGGCGCGGACAGAGGUUGAACGAGACAACACUGAGCACAUUCUGGAUCAUCAGUCACGCGUUCGAAUGCAACUUGCGCGACAAGAUGAAGAUCUCGAAGAGCUGGGCACUCACGUAGAGCGGGUCGGCGAGACAGCGACUGUCAUCAACGAGGAGCUCAGGAGUCAAAAUAGGCUGCUGACAGCGUUGGACGAUGACAUGGAUGAAGCCACAGAAAGCAUGAACUUCGUUAUGGGACGGCUGGGGAAGCUGCUCAAAACUAAGAGCAAGUGCCAAAUCUGGACGAUUUUGCUGCUUUCCUUCAUCCUCAUAAUAUUAGUGCUGAUGCUCAUAUAUGUUUAGUGUUGAGCUACAGGCUCGCCUUGGCGGACUGACCGACGGUUCGGCGAAUUGGGAAGAGAGAGAGACGACCUGGUGGAGCAACGU